AUGAAGACCAAAUUUAUCAACGGGGUUUCGGCUUCCCCCUCUAUGGCGUUGGGUUUACUGGUGAGCGAGAACGCCUUGCAGGUUCAGCCCGAUGCUCAGGAGGACUGCAAAGAGCAGGUUCGCCCCGAGUCUCCCGACCAGGACACGCGGUUAAAUGCUUAUCUCUGGUGUAAGGAGUUCCUCAAUGGGUCCUGGAAAACCCUGGCGGAGGACGACUUUGACAUCACCAUUAUAAGGGGUGGGCUGAGUAACAAGCUUUUCCUAUGCAGCCUCCCAGACAGUGUUGACACUGUGGGGGAUGAGCCAAGGAGCAUUCUACUGCGCCUUUAUGGGGCCAUCCUGCAGAUGUCCUGUAAUAAAGGCGAAUCCCAACAGUCAGACAAAGAGAAUCAUUUUCAAGGGGCUGAGGCCAUGGUGCUGGAAAGUGUGAUGUUUGCAAUCCUGGCUGAGAGGGAAUUGGGACCGAAACUCUACGGUAUUUUCCCUCAAGGACGACUGGAGCAGUAUGUGUCUAGUCGAAAGCUGGAAACCUGUGAACUGAGUGACACGAGCAUUUCGGCAGAGGUUGCAGAGAAAAUGGCCAAAUUUCAUGGAAUGAGGAUGCCUUUUAACAAGGAGCCCAAAUGGUUGUUUGGAACCAUGGACAAGUACUUAAGCCAAGUCAUGAGGCUCAACUUCACUCGAGAGUCUCACCUGUGGCGUUUUAACCGCUUGCUCAACUACAACCUUCUGCAAGAAAUGGAUUGGCUCAAGUCUCUGCUGGAGUCCACCCAUUCACCAGUGGUGUUUUGCCACAAUGAUUGUCAAGAAGGAAACAUCUUGCUUCUAAAAGACCGCCAUCAGUCGGACAAACAGAAGUUGAUGCUCAUUGACUUUGAGUACAGUAGCUACAACUAUAGGGGAUUUGAUAUCGGCAACCAUUUCUGUGAAUGGAUGUAUGAUUACAACUGUGAUGAGUUCCCUUUCUUCAAAGUGAAUGCUAAGGCUUAUCCAUCCAAGGCUCAGCAGCUUCACUUCAUUGAAAAUUACUUGCGUGCUUCUGAUCAAGGAUUUGACAAGCUUAGUCAAGAGGACCAGACAAAAAUGAAGGAAGAGCUUUACAUAGAGGUCAACAGGUUCUCUCUUGCAUCCCACUUCUUUUGGGGAUUGUGGUCAAUUAUCCAGGCACGUCUCUCCACCAUUAAAUUUGGUUAUUUGGAGUAUGCCAUGGACAGAUUUGAAGCCUACUUCCAGCAGAAGAAAAUCUGGGCCGUCUAG